AAUGGUUUGAAAAGUUAACAACAAAGCGGUUAGGCAACGAAAGCAAAUUUCUGUCCUCAAUAUUUCUUACGUAGUGUUACUUAUUGCCAACGAGUUUAGUUUUCUAGUUCACAUGUAACACUCUAUUUUUUAAAGUUUCAUUAAUACUGUUUAGCUUUAAUAUUUUUUCAAUUAUACAUAUUGUUGUAUACCAUACUAUAUAGAAAAAUGUAUUCAUUAAAAACAUUAUUAGUAUUUACUUUAAUAUACUCGUUCAUUGGAGUUUAUUCCCAAAAAAAAGAAGACCAACGAGCUAGAUUAUUAGUUUCCAAACAAGUACUUAAUAAAUUAUUAGUUCAAGAUUCUGAUAUUCUAGUUAAAUAUACCAUUUAUAAUGUUGGCAGUGCACCAGCAACCAAUGUUAUUUUGCAAGACAAUGGUUUUCCUACUGAAGCAUUUGCUUCUGUUAAAGGAAAUCUUAAUAUGCGAUUCAAAAGAAUACCAGCUGGUGCUAAUGUAACACAUGCUGUUGUAAUUAGACCUCUUACAUGGGGAAGAUUUAAUUUUAGUGCAGCAAUUGUUCAAUAUAAGCCAACUGAAAAUGUACAAGAAACACAAAUUGCAACAAGCAGUGAACCUGGUGAAGGUUAUAUCAUUAGCUAUGCCGAGUAUGACAAGAAAUUCUCUCCCCAUGUGUUGGAUUGGUUAGCAUUUGCCAUCAUGUCUUUGCCAGCUGUAGCAGCUCCAUUUAUGUUGUGGUGGUUUAGCAAGAGCAAAUACGAAUUAAUUUUAAAACAAAAACGUGAAAAAGCAUCUAAAGAUUAAAAUAUAUUUAUAAAAAAAAUUGUGUAUAUUACUAUUAAGUAUAUAAGUUUAAUUUUUGUUUAAUA